AUGCUGUCCGAGGGCGACGUCUUCAGCGCCGUGGCGCUGCGCCCGGCGCCGCGCGGCGCGCCGCGGCCCGCGGCGGCGGCGCCCGCGGACGGCGGCGGCUUCCGCCUGCGGCCGGGCGAGGCGCCGCGGGUGGAGGCCGUGGUUUUUCGCGGGCGGCGGCUGGAGCCGCUGGAGGCGCAGCUGGCGGCGCUGAAGGAGGGCGGCACAGUCCGGCCCUGCCUGGUGACAACGGGUGCAUCGCUCGACUGCGGGGGGGUAGCCGCCACCUGGGAACAGCAGAGCUACGAGCUCGCGGACGGCCGCGCGCUGCGCUGGCGCCUGCGGUUUUUGCAGCCGCCGAAGGUCGGGGCGGAGCUAGUGGUGCGCGCACGGCUGCCAGGUGCUGCGGUGGAAGGCCGCGUGGAUGGGUCCCCGGCGACGGCGCGCCGGCGCGGCGAGCUGCAGCUGCCGGCGAGCGCCAGGGCCAGCGGGGCGUUCCCGGGGAAGGGCCCGGAGAGGCUAUUGGACGAGGACGAUGGCACAGAAUGGUUUGCCGGCAAGGGUGAUACUUCCGCAUGGGUGGAGCUGGACCUGCUGCGGGAUCGCGUGGUGGGCUCGGUGGGGUGGCACUGGUGGGCCCACGCAGCCGGGGAGUGGCACCUGGAGAGCCGAGCGCAGGGGGAGGAGUCGUGGACCACUCGCGCCUCCGGCGAGUCCGGGGACUUCAACGCGGCGCAGAGUGUGGCGGGCUGGGAGAAGCCCUGCCGGUACCUGCGCUUCACCAUGCGUCAGGGUCACCUGGACCCCUGGGGCUUCGGCGUCCGCUUCGGCCUCCGCUCCUUCGCGGCCCGCGGCUUCGACGCCGCCGAGGGCGACGCCAUGAGAGCCUGGAGCGCCGCAGGCACCUCCGGCGUUGUGAGCCGCUUGGGGCUGUGGCUGGCGCUGGAGCAUCCCCGGAGCCGUUGCGAGGUGGAACCCACCUCUGAGGUCUGGCGCUGGGUCACUUGCUCCUUGCGCUUGGCGCGCUCCAUGGGCCAGGUGGAGGUGUCUGCCUCUCUGGGCAUCUUUGAGGAUGGCGAGCACUCGCAGCUUCGGCGCAGCUUCGGGGCGUACCUGCAGCUAGCGCGGGGCCGGCCGUUUGGGCAGAUCUUGCACUACAACAGCUGGUAUGACCUGCGCAGCCCCAGCUGUUUGCAGUCGGCCGGGUGCCAAAACUCCCACGGCAUGACGGAGGCCAGCUGCCUGGAGCGGCUGCAGCAGAUCAACGGGAACCUCAGCAAGGAGGGCGGGAGAUCCAUGGACGCCUUCCUGCUGGACGACGGCUGGGACCAGGCCGACAGCUUGUGGUCCGUGGACGCGGGCAGCUUCCCGCGGUCCUUCGAGCCGCUGGUGGCGGAGGGCGCCAAGUGGGGCACCAGGCUUGGAGUUUGGAUGUCGCCCUUUGGAGGCUACGGCGCGGCCGGGGGCCGCAGGGUGCGCUUCGGCGCCGCGCGGGGCUACGAGCGCAGCCACAGGGGAGGCUUUGCGCUGGCUGGGCCCAAGUACUUCCAAGCCUUUCGGUCGGUGGUACGCACUCGCAUUGCAGAAGGCUUCCGGCUUUUCAAGUUCGACGGCCUUGGUGGUGGCUUAGGUCAGAGCGGCGGGGAGGCGGACCGGGACGACUUUGAGGCCAUGCUCAGCUUGAUCCAGGAGCUCCGGCCAGAGCAGGAGGACUUGUGGAUCAGCCUGACAAUCGGCACUUGGCCGUCGCCCUUCUGGCUGCUAUGGGCGGACUCCAUUUGGCGCGACGGCCCGGACGUGGGCUCCGAGCUGGGGGGCUCCGCGCGCGACCGCUGGCUCAGCUUCCGGGACAACGCCCUGCGCCGCGCACACCUCCGGGGGCCCUUGUUCCCAGUGACCGCGUUCAUGCAGCACGGGGUGGUUUGGAGCAAGUCCGCGGAGACGGCGGACAUGUGGGAUUCCGGCGCCUCACUGGAGGACUUCUGCAACGAAGCGCUGUCCUUCUUCCUGGCUGGCACUGGCCUGCAGGAGCUCUACAUCCAGAGCGAGCUCAUGACGCCGAGCUAUUGGAAGGCGCUGGCCAAGAUCUCCAGCUUUGCCCGCCAGGAGGCAGCGCUGCUUCGGGAUGCCCACCUCUUGGACCUCGGUGCCGUGUACGGCGCUGCGGCGCUGGACGCGUCGGAGCACCGGGCUUUGUUCUGGCUCCGCAACCCCAGCGGUGAGGUGCAGCGCGCGCAGCUCAGCGUGGGAGAGGCACUGGAGCUGCCGGAUCGUCUUCUGGAGAGGCGCUGGCACCUUGCGCCGCUGGAGCUGGCGAGCGGGUGCCCCUCUGCAGCGACGGUACGCCAGGAGGUGACCUCCUCCGAGCGGCUUUCCCUGACGCUGCGGCCAUUCGAAGUUCACGCCUACGUGGUAUCCUGACGGCGGCUGGCCGGUUUGAUCUCUGAGGACCCAGGACGAAGACGUCACCCUCCUGCACCUGAAGUCGGCUCGGCAGGACGCGCAAAGCUCGCGUGACGGUGAGAGCUGCGCUCAAAGCCAGGACCUGUUUCGUUGCAAAAUUUGGAGUGCUUGGGAUGUGUGGCGCCAUGGCUCGUUCCUUGAGUAUGGGGCAUGAGCUAUGGGCGUAUUGCCUGAAGGCAUGCCCCAAACUGGAGAACAUAGAAAGGCUCAUGGGGCAUCCUUGUGUCACUUUUCUGCGGAAAGCCUGCCAAAUGCAGCUCAGCAAAUUCUUGUUUGGUCCAGAACGCCUACCGGGGCCUCUGGGUUGGCCUGAG